UUUCAUUGUUGGACAUAAGACUUAAAACACCAGGAAAUCAACUUCAAUUAAUUUUAAUUCAAAUAAUCUGUUCCGGUGAAAUUGACGAGUGAGACAAAUUAUUUGUGAACAUGCAUAUUGACUCAAUGCAAAUGGACACGUCGACUUGUGUGUGAUUGUCUAUUACUGUCAGAUACUCUACUCUGUAUGUUCAUAGAAGACAACUGGGAAAUCGUAAAAAUACAAGCUCAGACUGGGAGAAAUCAUUUUUAAAGAUCGUCCAACUUGGAAUUCCAAGUCGGAAACUCGGAACAUCUUUCGAAAUUUCUGACUUUCCGACCUGAAGAUCAAAGCAAAUCAAAGAUUAUUUGUCACGUGCGCCGAAUACAACAGAUCAAUUGCAGACUACUUCGCUACGAAAAGCAUUACUGGUGGAUGUAAGAUCUUGAGAACUGAUGAAACAACACUGAACUUGUUAUGAGACUCUAUCCACACACACACUGAAAUAUUGUAGUUAAACCCAAGUGAUUUGACUCCACACACAGAUGACUGUGGCACCUGCUGCUUUGUGUGACUGCCUUAGGAGCUGCCCCAUGCUAAUGUAAAGGAGUGAGAUUGUACCUAUAUAGAAGGAUGAGUAGCCUUAGGCAGUACUUCACCAAUGCGGUCAAAGACAUCAUCCCUUUGGGGUCUCCUCGUCCUGAACCAUCACCGGCCCUCUCCUCCCUCCAGGAGACCGAGAUGAAACCCUCUCAGCCCCCCGGACACCUGUCCAACCCCAACACUUACCCCCUGCCCAAACCCAGGGCGAGGCCCGCUCCUGGCCUGCCUCCUCCCCCUCCCCACCUGCCAGGGGUACACCACCGAGCCUCCCGGGUUGGAGUUGGGGGUGAAGCCAAGGAUGGCCCAGCCAACUUUACAAACACCCUAAUCAGGAAAACCCAGCAUUCCCACAGCCCUGUGACCCCUGACCCCUAUAGGGGCAAGAACUUUAACACUUGGGGUGGUAUGGGAAGGGACAACCCACUGUCGCCCUCCUCCCUUCCCCCAUGCAGAGUCAGUGCCCCCAGCAGAAGGAGGGACUAUGGAGUGGUGCUGAGGGAAGACAUGAACAAGAAACUCAAGAGUCGUGGUUCCCUGGACCACAGAGGAACCACUCCCUCUAACAAGCAGUUCACUCCAGGAGGCACCAGAUCCAUGUCUCUGAAGAGACUCAGACACCCAGACUUGGAGGAGAGAAACAGAGGAAGAGGAGAGGACAUGGCUAAUAAGAGACUUCAUCCAGAGGACUAUAUCCCAGACCCUAUCAGUACCUGUUACCCACCCGAUGGAACAGCCAGUUCUAAAAUGUCCACCAACCCCAACCCAUCCUACCUGAAGAAAGUCUUCAUGAAGAACAAUCUGAGCUCAAGUCCUACUCUAAGGUUGAAGGAGAGUCUCACCCCUAAGAAGACAGAGGAAGGGAUGGAGAGAGACAGGAGUACUUUCCCGACCUAUCCACUCUCCACACCCAAACCUGCGAGGAAGCGCUGCACUGGCCAUGGAAAGACGCCAUGCUGCAAUAAUGUGAGGGAGAACGGCAACCCUCAGGCCGGAUACAGGGCAAUGAAUCACCAAUCUGGCAACCCAGCCAACCUGCCAGUCACAAUCCUUAGUAGAGGAGAAUGUAGUAGAGCUAAAGAGACCAGAGAGCGAGAGAGUGGAGGAAGAGAACCGACAGUUCGCCCCGACGGGAGAACCCCCAAACCCGACUCAAAAUCUCAGAGCUCGGAGUCGAGCUGCCCUAGUUCUCACGCAUUGGAAAAGAAGCGACACGUCUCUCGCCCACGGAGAACGUAUGCCUUGCCGGAUGACCUGAAUGACCUUUUUACCCCUGACCCCAUAACCUUUAGCCUGUCUAGAGCAGCGAUGACCUUUUCUCCCAGUCCCCAGAGAGGAGACAGGUCGCCCUCUGUACACAACAAGGUUCCUCUCUCUGUUGUGUUGGCUACUGUCAGUGAUGCUAGUAUGGGACCGGGGUCUCCCUAUGUAACAAGCCCUAGAGAAAUACCCCCAAAAUCCCGCUCACAGCGAAUCCCAUGUCCCAAGAUCUCUUCCUGUACGGACACUGCAAUGGACCCCUGUAAGCUACUCCUGGACCCCAAAAUCUACUCCUCCUUUGUAAGGCUGGAGUUGAGCAGGAUUGACUUGACUAAACUAGAGACCGGCUUGUACAGAGCCAUCACCAGGACUGUAUCUUCCUCAGGGAAGCCCUCAUCCCCUAAGGAUGUCGCCUCAGGACCGAAAACAAGAUCUUCUGGUAUUGCUUCAGCAGAGUUGGUGUCAACUGUGAAUGAGGAUGAGAAUGCCUACCUCAAGACUGAGUCCUCCGUUCUGAAAACUAUCCCCCUCUCGGCCUCUGCAAAGUCCUCAUCCUCAUGGAAGGACAAGUCAUUUAGCAUGGACACGGCAAACCUCAAAACCAGUCCCUUCUCAACCCUGGACCAACAUGGACAAGUAAAGGAGGGUGAAGAGAGGAAGGAAGUAGACCAGAAGGUCCAUAAGAGUUUAUCGUUCCUUGAGGAAGGAGAACAAAGAAGCAACAAGAACAAUUCCCGUAAGAGUCUGGAGGGGGACCCUGUGGAUGUGGAGUUGAGCCUAGGCCUCGACCUGAGCCUGGGGCUAGAGUUGGCGCUAUCCCAGACCAGCAGCAGCAGUGACGAGGACCAGCUGCCGUCCUUGCAGCAGAUCCUGGACCGUACCUCCUAUCCCCCAGACACCCCAGAAAAAGGAACCAUCCCUGCACCCAGCAUCCUAGUUGGGCUCCCACACCACAGCCAACCACCAUCUUCAUCUAAAGCCACCAGUUACAGGAACAACCUGGAUGAGAUGCUGAAGGAAAAGGAGGGCAUUCAAAGGUCUAAGGAGAUGGAAGCCAAGCUGCAUCUCUCCUGUAAGGAGAAACUGCUGAGAUUGGCUGAGGAAGAGGAGGAGGAGAACAUUGAGGAGGCUAUCUCACAGCAGCAAAAGGAUUUCCUGCAGCGUUUCUCGGUGUUGUCUAGUGCCAUCCAGGACCUGCACCCCGGGGAAGCGGUGUUCAACCUGGACAACUUUGGCCGUCUCUUCAGUCAACACACACUGCAGCUGAGACGCUGUAACGUCACCCCGUGUGACACCACACAGAAAACAAUCCUAUGCUCCUCUCCAGACCAGUUCAGGACCCAGGUCAGUUCCCAGCUGUUCCAGAGAGCCUACUGCUCCUCCCCCUGUCCUCCCCAGGUGACCCGCUGGCUCUUCCAGAUGAUGUCAGUCCACUCAGACAGGCUGACCUGUCAUCAGGUACUAAAGGCCCUUGGAGAUAUUGCCUGCUCCGCUGCUGAACACAUGGUGCUGAAUAAGAGUGAGAGGUUUGAGGUGUGGGUGCCCAGUAUUGGAGACGUGACCCUGGUCUUCAUGAACAUGGGGGUUCCCUUUGUCACCCUUUUCCCCCUGGAGAACCUACAACCCCCCUUCACUGAGGGAGACCUGAUAGAGGACCUCCAGAUCAGCACAGAGAGCCUGUCCAGCAAGAAGGAGAUCAGAACUUUCCCUGAACACAACUUUGACAAUGUCGUCAAGUACAUGUGUCAUUCUACGUCGUUGUGCCCGCGGGUCUACAGUGACAGAGAACUAUUGUUACUCCUGACGGUGGUGAGCAGAGUGGGCCUGGACACGCAGCUCGCCCUCCAGCCCACUGAGCACCUCCGCUCCCUACUGCACAACCUGGUCAACAGCAUAAGGGACUUGAACAUCAUGCUACCCAGGAUCUGCAUGUCGCUGAUUGCCCUGACUGACGACCACCACAACCUGCGCUGGCUGGUUGAGCUCCUGCCAGACAGCAAGCGCGGCAAGCAACUCAGGAGACACCUCAGUGUGUCGGCCAUCUCCAAGCUGCUAAACAACAGAUGCACUUACAUUCCCUCCAACACAGAGUUCCAGCUGUCAGACCUGCGCCCCUACCUCUCCCAAAUGCGUCCCUCCUCACUCCUCCGGGGGCUGGCCACCUCCUGCCACAGGAGGAGUCACCACCCAAACAGAGAGCGGGAGGAAGAGGAGGACUGUGCCUCUCUGGACCAGCAGGCCUACUACCUAUGCUACAGCCUCCUGGCCUUGGCCAACGAAGCCACCAACUUUGAGUUCUUCCCUUCGGAGCAAAAGAACCAGUUGUUGUUGCUAAGUGCUGAGCUGGAGAAACACAUCAAAAGUGACAUCAGGGAGAGUGAGAAGAUGCUUUACAGGAGCAGGGUGAAGGACCUUGUUGCCAGGAUCUACACCAAGUGGCACGUGCUGGUCCAGAGAACCAGGCCUCUCCAGGAUAAACUGUAUGACUUCUGGCAGCCUCCGCCUGAGGAUGCUGUGAGCAGCAGCCAGGAGAGCCAACACUCCCACAGGGAGAGCGACGGGGAGGAAGAGAGAGAGAGGGACAGGGUCAUGGAGGUGGAAGGAGAAGAAGAUGAGGGGGACGAGGUGAGGAUUGCAGUGAAGACUUUGGCAAUGGAGGAUGAGAGCGAUGAGAAAGAGAAGACACCAGAAAAGCACUUAGUCAUGGAGGAAGCGGAGGAAGAAAGGGACAUUCAGGGGGACGAAGAAGAUACAUUCCUAAAGAUGGAGGAGGUGGUGGAACUUACGCGAGAGGAUUCAGAUGAGGAACCAGAUAUGGAAGACAUGGUGGCAGAAAGGACAGAAGUAGAACUGAGGGUCACAGAAAAGAGGGAAGCAGCGGUAGAGGAGAGAAGGGAAGAACAGACGGAAGGGAGAGACUGAGGAGAGAGGCAGAAAGAUUCAGACAUGGGGCAAAGAGGUGGAGAAUCAAGGGAAGCAGAGAGAAGCACCGAACUGAAGGAAGAGACUGGGAGAAGCACAGAAAGGAGGGAUGAAGAUUAUAUGAAGGAAGGAGGCAGAAAGAAACCAAAGAAGAAUGCAAUGGAAGAUAACCUGGCUGCUUCCAUUUAGAAUUGUGCCUGUCUACACCCACUGCCUGUCGUCUAGACUGGACCAAGAUUCCAUCCAAAAUGGCACCCCGGCCUAUUCCCUGUGUAGUGCACUACUUUUGACCAGGUCCCAUGGGGCUCUGGUCAAAAGUAGUGCAUUAUAUAGGGAGCAGGGUGCCAUUUGGGACUCAACUGUCUACAUGUUCCACUUUCUCAGGUAAAUCACUUCAAGUGAACAAACGUCACGUGAUUUCUUUCAGGCACUUUGUUGAACAAUGCAAAAGAUGAAUCCGAGUAGGAUUGACCUACCUAUAUAAAUUUUCACCUGUCCUGUUCAUUCCUUUUACUAUUUGCACUUGUUUUUUUGUAACAAUUCUGCUGUUGAAUAACUUAUUUCCAAAAUACACUUUUUAUUGCAAUUGCAGAAGUGGUAAAAAAUAAAUGUAGUUUGUCAAACAAAUCCAUAUUGUGUUUGAGUAGAAUUUCUUCACUGCAUCAUUAGUACACAUGCCCCCCCCCCCCUACGUAUCACUUCUGUUAUGGAGUGGAAAUAGUUUAUCUUUACACCUGUGCAGAAUAAGGAACUUGACCAACUAGAGAUGAGUGUGAAGAAAAUUGUAAAAAGUGCUGCCAACUAGAGACCGACCGACAAUCGGUUGGGAUGGUAUUUUGGGCUGAUAUUAGCCCAUUCCUAAUCUAUCGGCCUUUGACUAUGUUAGCAUUCCCUCAACUCCUUCUCAAAACCCAUUGAAUAAGAAAGCCAGAGGUCCCUCCCCUCUGACCUUUUCCUCCAAUGGGUUUUGAGAAUGCGAGGAGAGAGGGUGUGCAAGGAGUAUGCAAUUGAGAUGCUCCCAUAGAGAAUGAUAGAGGCCAUUAGUGGCCAAAAGGCAGUAUUAGCUUCCACCAUUUUAAUGCAGUCAACUGGGUGGGACCUCCAACUUCACUGGCUAAUCCCUCAUGAUGACCCUGUUAGAGUCAUGUCCAACCGAGUCAUCGAGUUACAGCGGCUUGCGAAAGUAUUCACCCCCUUGGCAUUUUUUCCUAUUUUGUUGCCUUACAAACUGGAAUUAAAAUGUUUAGUAUUUUUUAUGUAUUUUUUUUUUGGGGGGGGGGGUUGUAUCAUUUGAUUUACACAAUGCCUAACACUGCAAUCUUUUAGUCAUACCACAGAUUCUCAAUUGGAUUGAGGUCUGGACUUGAACUAGGCCAUUCCAAGACAUUUAAAUGUUUCUCCUUAAACCACUCGAGUGUUUUAGCAGUAUGCUUAGGGUCAUUGUCCUGCUGGAAGGUGAACCUCCCUCCCAGUAUCAAAUCUCUGGAAGACUGAAACAGGUUUCCCUCAAGAAUGUCCCUGUAUUUAGCGCCAUCCAUCAUUCCUUCAAUUCUGACCAGUUUCCCAGCCCCUGCCGAUGAAAAUAACAUACCCACAGCAUGAUGCUGCCACCACCAUGCUUCACUGUGGGGAUGGUAUUCUCGGGGUGAUGAGAGGUGUUGGGUUUGUGCCAGACAUAGCAUUUUCCUUGAUGGCCAAUAAGCUUAAUUUUAUUCUCAUCUUACCAGAGUACCUUCUUCCAUAUGUUUGGGGAGUCUCCCACUGUCACGUUCUGACCUUUAUUUCAUUUGUUUUGUUAUUAUUUAGUAUGGUCAGGGCGUGAGUUGGGGUGGGCAAUCUAUGUUUGUUUUUCUAUGAUUUGGGUAUUUCUAUGUUUCGGCCUAGUAUGGUUCUCAAUCAGAGGCAGGUGUCAUUAGUUGUCUCUGACUGAGAAUCAUACUUAGGUAGCCUGGGUUUCACUGUGUGUUUGUGGGUGAUAGUUCCUGUCUCUGUGUUUGCACCAGAUAGGGCUGUUCAGGUUUUCUCACGUUUAUUGUUUUGUUAGUCUAUUCAUGUGUAGUUUUCUUUAUUAAAGUACCAUGAAUAAUCACCA